GGCAGAAUUUGUUCUGGGGGGUUGAAUCGGCUUAGCGCGGGGUCUAUUAGUGCCACUUUAGUGGUAACGGGCCCACUUUAUAAGCUGUAAGAUCCGUCCUAGCAGUCCCAAAUAGUGCAAGCCACAGGGGCAAUGCUUUAAUUACAGCCCAACAGCCACAGUUAUGUAGCAAGUUGCAGGUGCAUCUAUCGAAAUCGCCAAACCUAGCAUCUUUCAUCUUUCAUCUUUCAUCUUUCAAGCCGAGUGAUUUUUUAUUUGUCUUUUUUUCUAAUUCCAUUUUUUGAACGAGUUAAACCUAUGGAUUCUUCUCAAGUAGUUGAAGCGCCAUUCCCGGCUCAAUCAAGAAAUUUCACUGGACUUAUAGACGGAAUUACGACCGAGGCUUCUGUUCUUUACUUCUCAGACAAGAUCCUUCUCACUUUAUCUCAGGAAGGCAGAUUGUCGCAAUGGAUUCAAGUACCAUUGUCGGUAUCUUCGCCAGCAAGCGUAGACAUGGCCCUAGCAAAUUCUAGCUUGCUGCCGCUGUCUCACUUAACACCAAAGACACUCCUUGGUGGAGGUGGCGAAGAGCGCGAAUCUUUAGCGCAGCUUUAUGCCGUUCAAAUCGCUAGCCAUAUAGCAAGGAAAACCCCGGAUGAACGCCGUACUCUUGUUGUUGGCCUAGGCCUAAAGGCCCUCAAGCCCGAGCGCGAGGCAUUCUUUGAUGUGCUCGAGCUUAUUCAAAAGGUCUUAUAAGCAGCCAAGCAACCGAAUAAGCAAAGGUUAUCCAAGCUCAGAUAAUAUCCGGUAAAACAAAGGUUUUUUUUUAGGAUGGGUGUAGAGACUCACAGUCGCCGCAAGAAAUGGGUUCGUAUUUCGCCGGAUUCUUCUCAGACGUAC